CACACGUCCACUUUCUCCUUGCAAACUUUCACCCCAAAUUCCACAAUCUCACACUUAUCAAAAUUGUAUACAAGUCAAAAUGACCGAAAAGAGAGAAAAACCUGUCACUGUAGAGGAAAAACCCUCCUCAGAUCGGUCCUGUCUUAUCUUGGCAUUCUUUCUGUUCGUGCUAAUUUGCAUUUUAAUGUGUCACACUUCUUGGGAAGUGGCCGACCCGGGUGGAGAUCGGAACGUCACCUUUGACACCCUGCGGGCCGAAGGGUUACAAAAACAGGCCCAGUUUCUCCUAGACUACGUCGUCACUCCAUUCGUAAACAGUGACCUUUACACCCUUUCGGACCAGUUGGAGGAAAAGGUGCCGAAAUUUGUCCCUUUUAGGGGGAAUGUUGGAAAAGUUAGACGCGUCGUAGGGGAGGUUCGGAAUGAAAUUGAAAUUCAAACUGGGCACGGAACGAGAUACAUUGUCGCAGAGAAACCCCGCUAUAAGGAAGACCUUUAUCCAGGGGAUGAUUUUUAUGUGAGAGACAUUUUCACACUGGGGGAAAAGAACAGGCCCGUCAUUGUCUUUUUGGAUUGUGAUUCCGUCCCCCAAAACAUAGUCGAUCUCUUCAUCCUUCACCUGGUGAAAGCAACACCCGGCCGAUACCUCGUGUUGGCCACGUCAGCUAAAAAUUGGACCGUUCCUGCCAGUCUGGGGGGACCAUCCGGUUUAUCAAAACCACUUCAAAUCCCAACCCUGCCCACAAUUAAGGAGAGGCGGAAACUGAUCGAGGCCUGCACUUCGGCCUGGGAUGAGCCACCCGGGGAGGAAAUCUUGUACGUCAUGGCGAACCGGACGGCCGCCUUGUUGCAUCGGGAAACGAGCGUGGAGCAGGAAAUUGGAACGCUGUGCAAACUCGCGUAUCGGAUUGGGCUAGAAUUACAUGAAAAAGAACGACGUCGUGCUGGUACUGGCGGGAAGAAAAUUCAUGGAGAAGAGAUUUCCGUCUCCCUAAAAAAUUGGGAGGAUGCUUUAGCCUCCAUCGUUUCAAAGGAGGAGUAAAAUUUAAGGGUGGAUAAAGUUGGUCAGAAACACUAUGUAGUCAUUGUUAAAUAAGGUGUAAAUAUAUAUGUAAUGGAACUUAAUUUAAUUUAAGGAAGUGGCACAAUGAGGAAGCCCACUCUAUGAGAAUUGGGUAGUGAAGUGACGCGUUAAGCGGUACAACUGAAUUAACCCCAAAAUUUUGAAGUAAGGAUUAAUUAUGUAAAUAAAUAUGACCCUACUUUUUGCACAAAUUCUGUUCACGUUUCUGCAGGAUUUGUCAAAUUUAGGAAUGUGUUUGCAGAAGAGUUUUGCAUCGUAAACUCUCAUACCCUAGUUUUGUAUGUAAUUCUGCACAAUUGUUUUGUAGGGGUACAAUUCGGGCAGAGAAUUGGGUCAGUUUUCGCCUCGCUAUAAAUUUGAAUAGUGGUAAUUUAUCUACAUAUACAAAAGAAGGAGAAUCCUAGUAAGUAUAAAUAAUUCAAGGUUUUAGUCAUUCACAUAUAUGUAAAAUAGAUUGCUUUCCCUCAGAUUUUAGUGUACCCGGUAGAAGCACGAGGUCAAGUAUACUUACAUAGUUGGUGGACAUAUUCACUCAUUUUGCAGCAUUUUGGCUAAAUUUACAUAUACUUCUUCAACACUAAUUGAAGAAUGUGCAAGAAGUCGAAUAUACAUUGAGUUAGAAAUUCACUAUAACAAUGAGCUACUUGCGUGCUUAUUUAUUGUUAAAUAAACAAGUUAAAGGAUUACCAACAAAAUUUGGAACUGUUAACAAAAUUUUGUACUGUUUACUAAAGUCCGAAUAGGUAACAGUUUAUCUACCGAAUUCAUUAUAUAAUAAGGAAUUAUGCGCUAACUUAAUAUUCUAUAAUAAACGGAAUUAUUUAUUUACAAAUCUAUACCCACUUGGUAGAGUAAUAUAUGAAUACCGGGUGGGAUUAUAUUAAUAUCUCGGAUUUCUAAGAGUUUGAGCAUUAAUUUGAUGCGGGGUCAAGGUAUCUUUCGUAUGUGAACAUGGGGCAUUUAGGUCCCACCAUAGGGUAGGGUAAAAAUUCUCCCAAAAUCCGUCACAAGCUUUAUAUACGGUCCCCAAAGUCACCAGCGAUACACUCGCCUGUUUGAAGUAAAGUAGAUAUUUAUUAUUCCCACACUUUCAAUUUGAGUGAUGAAUAUAUGGGGCUGGGAUUCAUCUACCCACUUUAUGUAUUUAGUAUGCCCUUAAACUAUUGCAGAGGUACGUAUAUUCCCCACCUCCAAAGCCUUACCGGAUUAAACGGUUAACACUGAAUUAUGUAAUUCCUGAAUCUAAAGGGUGUUGAUUUAAUUCGGUAACAUUUUUCACUGAAAAGUAAAUGGUUGAUCUUAGAAACUACAAGUAUAAUCAAAGCGGAUUUUUUUUAAUACACCUUAGUAUGUGGUCUUUCUACCAUGUAUUUCAAUCAUGCAUUGGACUUUAUGUUUUAUGCCCCAGUCAAGUUUUGUUAUGAUCGCGAAUAAAACCCACUUGAUACCACAACUUCCAACCUAAACUUCAG